AUGGAGGCACAGCAUUCAGAGCAUGCACACAUCAUUGAGGUAUCCACUGAUAUAACGUCUACCGAGCGUUCGUAUGGAGGGAGCAAAGUAUGUGAAGGUGCAACAUGCGGCUUUUCUGACGCCAGAACAACCUCGAGGGACGCUAAAGAACGCUCGGCCUCCAUGAAGAAGCUCCUUGUUGCAGUUGUCCUCUGCGUGAUAUUUAUGAGCGUAGAAGUUGCAGGUGGCAUAAAAGCCAAUAGCUUGGCCAUACUCACAGACGCAGCUCACUUGCUCUCUGAUGUAGCCUCGUUUGCUAUCUCUCUGUUUUCUCUGUGGGCCGCGGGUUGGGAGGCAACCCCUCGCCAGUCGUACGGUUUUUUCCGGAUAGAAAUACUCGGAGCACUCGUCUCGAUUCAGCUGAUAUGGCUUCUCACGGGUAUUCUUGUGUACGAAGCAAUCGUUCGACUUGUGCAGAACACGGGUGAGGUUCAGGGGUUUCUCAUGUUUCUAGUCUCGUCUUUUGGUUUGCUGGUUAAUAUAGUCAUGGCCCUUCUGCUCGGCCAUGAUCAUGGUCAUGGCCAUGGCCAUUCGCAUGCGAAUGAUGAAGAUCAUCAUCAUCAUAAUCAUGAUCAUGGUUCUGAGGACGAGCACUCGCAUGGCCAUGGAGUGACCGUCACUCGAUACGAAAGCCAUCAUCAUCAGCAGUCGAGAUUCAACGAGCCUCUUCUCAGUACAUCACACGAGGGCGAGAGCGAAGCGAAAAAGACGAAAAAGCCCCUACGGAAUAUAAACGUGCAGGGUGCCUAUCUCCAUGUUCUGGGAGAUUCCAUACAGAGUGUGGGGGUUAUGAUUGGUGGGGCCGUAAUUUGGUACAAGCCCGAGUGGAAGAUAAUCGACCUCAUCUGCACAUUGGUUUUCUCUGCUAUUGUUUUGGCCACAACCAUUAGGAUGCUGAGGAACAUUCUAGAAGUUCUCAUGGAGAGCACACCGAGGGAGAUAGAUGCCACGAUGCUGGAGAGGGGUUUGUGUGAGAUGGAGGAAGUUGUUGCUAUUCACGAGCUGCAUAUUUGGGCGAUAACUGUUGGGAAAGUGUUGCUGGCUUGCCAUGUCAAGGUUAAGCCCGAGGCAGAUGCGGAUAUGGUGCUGGACAAGGUAAUUGAUUACAUUAAAAGGGAGUAUAAUAUUAGUCAUGUCACGAUUCAAAUAGAAAGAGAGCAGAUCUCGUGA